ACCAAAAGGAGAUUCUUUUUCAGGCCCUCACUUUCUCUGUCUUCAUUACGGCUGUCUCUCUCUACAGCAGCUGCUCUCCUUUGCACUGCUCUGUUUUUUACUCUUGCUCGUUUGACAUCUAUAAGAAGGGCCUCUUCCCCCAUUAGUGCUCUCCUCUAUCAAAAUUAUGCAUAUCGGACAGGGAGACACAAAAGUUGUGAUAGCAGACUACUAAUUUUUCUCAACAAUCUACAAAGAGGUGGGAAAGCAAACAAAUGUACGCAGAGACUGGGAUGAUGUUCCCUUACUGUCAGAGCUACCCUCAAGAAGUUCAGCAGCUUCCAGACUUCUAUUUUGCUCAGAAACCCAAUGUUUUAGCGGGUAACCUGAUUCAGUCAUCCUCGAUCUCAGAGUAUGACCUUGGGGCAGAAGGCGAUCUAUUUAAGGCUCCAGAACCCAUAAUUGAAGAGCCAGUUAUGGGCCUUGAUCCAAUGGCAGCUGCAAUUUCAAUGAUCUCUUGUGGUGGAGAUGUUAUUGCUUCUCAAGACCUCAAGGUGUCGGAUAUUGAAUCAUCAAUAGAUAAUGGACAACUUCUCAGUGAGGUUUUUUAUGAGUGCAAGAAGGACAUUUUAGCAAAAGAAGCUACAGAAGCAACAUUCUCUGAAGUUCUGGAUGUCAAAGUUCCUGAAGAAAAGUUGAUUGCAGGCGGAGAUUUUCUUUCUCAAGGAUCAUUCCAGAAAAGUGUUAGUUCAGGGUGUCUAAGCUCAAUGCAAUGGAUUCAUGGUGCUCCAAUGAGGCCUAAUUUCCUUGAUUUUCCUGGAUUGGACCUGGGGGCUGUCUAUGGUAUGCGAAGAGCAUACAGUGAAGGAGACAUAAAGACUCUUGGUAAUGGCAGCAUAAACCUAUUCCAUUCUCCAGCGGGACAACAACCACCAAUCAUUACCAGUUGCACAUCUGAAGAUCGCCAGGAAAAGCUCUCUAGAUACAGGAAUAAGAGGACAAAGAGGAACUUUGGGAGAAAAAUAAAGUACGCUUGCAGGAAAGCUUUGGCAGACAGUCAGCCAAGGAUCCGUGGGAGAUUUGCAAAAACGGAAGAAACAGAUUCUUCCAAGAAGCAAUAGCUGUUAAUACAUGACAAACUAAGAAAAAAGUGUAGAAAGGUAGCAGUUUAGUAGUUAGAGACCUGAUGAAGCUAUGAGGAGAUUCGUUGUAAUAUUUUAGUAGCUGGUGUUAGAUAAUGUAUGGGGAAGCAGGAACAGUUGGAUCCUAAAAUGUUUGUAAACUGAGGUGAUCUCUUCGGAAGGUGAAAUAUCCUAUUGAAGCUGUAUAUAGAGUUUGUUGAAUAAAAAAUCAAUAAAGUUAUUUAU